CUCUUUCUAUUGCUUUCUUUCUUUCUUAUUCUCUCUGCAUAUUAGUAAUAAAAUUGUGAUGGAGAAUGCAGCAGUGGAGAAAGAGUACAUAGGUGAUGAAGAACUUGAGCUGGGGUUAGGCCUCAGUCUUGGAAAUGCUAGUGGUGAGAAAGGUGGUGCAUAUGGUGGAAGUGGAAGGAUAUUAACUGCUAAGGAUUUUCCAAAUGGAUUUGCAUGUGGCACUAAAAGGGAAAGAGCUCAAAAAUCUGCUGCUUCUUCUGAUUCUGCUGCUGUCAGCAGGCAGGUAGUAGGAUGGCCUCCCAUAAGGUCUUACAGGAUGAACAGCUUGUUGAAUCAAGCCAAGGCUUCAAAUGUUGCGGGCGAAGACGACGAGAGCUCGAAGAAGAAGAUGAACCACGGAGGCCAUCUUGGAUUUGUGAAGGUGAACAUGGAUGGCUUGCCAAUUGGGAGGAAGCUUGAUUUGAAUGCUCACAAGACCUACCAAACCUUGGCCAAGACCUUGGAGGAGAUGUUCUUCAGUCCGAGCCCCCAUAGCCGUGGAGGAAAAGAACACACAGUGAAGCUCUUGGAUGGAUCAUCCGAGUUUGUGCUAACGUACGAGGACAAAGAAGGCGAUUGGAUGCUAGUGGGCGACGUUCCAUGGGGGAUGUUUCUCAACACUGUUAAACGACUCAGAAUCAUGCGAACGUCCGAAGCCAAUGGACUCGCUCCAAAGUCCCAAGAAAGGAAUGAGAAGCAAAAGAGCAAACUAAUAUAGAACUGCUUCAUCUCUCAAAGUUGCAAACUCAGAAAAAAGAGAGCUACACAUCAUGUUUCUGUCUUUUUUUUCAUUUUAUUUAUUUUAUAAUCCUAUAAUUUUUCUUGAUUUGAGGGGCUGCAUUUAUAGACCGCGUCCUCACCUUUUGUUUUUUUAUGUACUUCUAUAUAUCUUGUAGAAUUUGUGAAGCUCUUGUUGUCACAUACCUUUUACUGGAUACUUUGUUCUCAUAAUUUAUGUAUAUAUGAGAAUGCCUACUUGAUUUCAUUCA